AUGCCAUAUGCGGAUCCUCAUCCCCAACCAUUAAACCAUGCUCGUCAUGUUCAACUUCUGGGCAUUUUUGAAGUGAAAGCCACCGCCGGAGAUACCCAUUUGGGCGGCGAGGACUUCGAUAAUCGGCUGGUGAACCAUUUUGUCGCAGAGUUCAAGAAGAAGCACAAGAAGGACAUUUCCAAUAAUGCGAGAGCGUUGAGAAGGUUGAGGAUUGCGUGUGAGAAAGCGAAGAGGGCUCUCUCUUCAACCACACAAACCACGAUUGAAAUCGAUUCCUUACAAGAGCGAGUGGAUGGCGGGAUUGGUCUCCCAGGAAUUAGUCGAGGUGCGCGCAAACUGAUUGACAAGAGUCAAGUUGAUGAAGUGGUUCUCGUGGGUGGGUCAACCCGAAUUCCCAAAGUCCAGCAACUUUUGCAAGACUCCUUCAAUGGGAAGGAGCUCUGCAAGAGCAUCAACCCUGAUGAGGCAGUGGCAUAUGGUGCCGCGGUGCAGGCGGCGAUUCUGACUGGGGAAGGGAACCAAAAGGUGCAGGACUUGUUGCUGCUCGAUCUAGGCCUCGAGACUGCUGGUGGUGUCAUGACAACCUUGAUUCCAAGAAACACCACAAUUCCAACCAAGAAAGAGCAAGUCUUCUCGACCUACUCGGAUAAUCAGCCCGGCGUGCUAAUUCAGGUUUACGAAGGUAUUCCACCGGCGCCAAGAGGAGUGCCGCAGAUCAAUGUGUCUUUUGACAUUGAUGCGAAUGGGAUCUUGAAUGUGACGGCGGAGGACAAGACAGCGGGUGUGAAGAACAAGAUUACGAUCACGAAUGACAAGGGCAGGCUGAGCAAAGAAGACAUUGAGAAGAUGGUGAAAGACGCAGAGAAGUAUAAGGCAGAGGACGAGGAGGUUAAGAAGAAGGUGGAGGCGAAGAAUGCGCUUGAGAAUUACGCGUAUAACAUGAGGAAUACAGUGAGGGAUGAGAAGUUUGGGGGCAAGUUGGACCCGGCAGACAAGGAGAAGAUCGAGAAGGCAGUGGAGGAGACGAUAGAGUGGUUGGAUAGGAACCAGUUGGCUGAGGUUGAUGAGUUGGAAGACAAACUUAAGGAAUUGGAGAAUUUGUGCAAUCCAAUUAUCUCUAAGAUGUAUCAAGGUGGUGGUGGUGAUGGGCCUAUGGGUGGUGGUGAUAUGCCUGCUGGUGGUGGUGGUGGUGGUUCUAGUGGUGGUGGUGGUGGUGGACCUAAGAUUGAAGAGGUUGAUUAG